AUGCGGCCACGCCCCGGCGCGGCCCCGCCCCCGGUUGGCGGGAGCGCGCGCGCGCGCGCGCGGCGGGGAGGGGUGGGCGGGGCCUUCCCGGCAGCCGCGUCACGUGGGGCGCGGCGCUUCCGCCAGCGGCGGCGCGAGCGGGGACCCCCCCCCCGCCCUUCCCGCGCCCCCCGGGACCCCCCCGGGACCCCCCGGACCCCCGCCAUGGAGGACGUGACCCCCCCGGACCUCCUGCCCUUCCUGCUGCAGAACUGGGGCGCUCAGGAGGCGGGGGGGGCGGCGCCGUUCGUGGAGAUCCUGGAGCAGCCCAAGCAGCGCGGGAUGAGGUUCCGCUACAAGUGCGAGGGGCGCUCGGCCGGGAGCAUCCCCGGGGAGCACAGCACCGAGAGCACCAAGACCCACCCCACCAUCCGCGUGAACAACUACCGGGGCCCGGGGCGGGUGCGGGUGUCGCUGGUGACCAAGGACCCCCCCCACCGCCCCCACCCCCACGAGCUGGUGGGCAAGGACUGCAAGGACGGCUUCUACGAGGCCGAGCUGUGCCCCGAGCGCAGCAUCCACAGUUUCCAGAAUUUGGGGAUCCAGUGCGUGAAGAAGCGGGAGCUGGAGGCGGCCGUGGCCGAGCGGAUCCGCACCAACAACAACCCCUUCAACGUGCCGGCGGAGCAGCGCGGGGGCGAGUACGACCUGGCCGCGGUCAGGCUCUGCUUCCAGGUGUGGGUGAGGGGCCCGGGGGGGCUGCAGCCCCUCCCCCCCGUCCUGUCCCAGCCCAUCUACGACAACC